GGAAGGCGGGGCUUGGGGGGGGCACAUACAUACUCACAGGCACAUACAUCGCGGCGCUUUUGUCGGGUGAGUUCCUUUGGGAGCAAAGAGCGGCGAGAAGCAAGGAAGGAGGGAAAGGAGCAAUCUUUGGAGUCAUGCUUGUCAUGAAGAGAAACAAUUCAACAUCUAGUGGAUAUUGAAGAAUUUGGAAUUCAAAGGUGGAGUAAGGAAACCAGUCCUAUAGGAAGAAGAAACACUCUAAAGGUUCUGAUCUGGCUGAAAUCUUCACCUUACUCACAGUUCAGAAAAAGAAAGUGUCUAUCUUGCAUUUUAAAGCACCAACAUGGAGAAAAAAACAUAUACAUGUACUGAAUGUGGAAAGAAUUUCAGCCAGCAGAGACUUCUGCAAACACAUGAAAGAAUUCACACUGGUGAGAAACCCUAUAAAUGCCAGGAGUGUGGAAAGAGCUUCUCGCAGAGUGGAGAUCUACGUUCACAUCAAAGAACUCACACUGGGGAGAAACCCUACGCAUGUCUGGAAUGUGGAAAGAAUUUCGCUAAAACUGGAGAUCUACGUACACAUCAAAGAAUCCACACUGGGGAGAAGCCCUAUAAAUGCCUGGAGUGUGGAAAGAGCUUUACUCAGAUUGGACACCUACAGUCACAUCAAAGAACUCACACUGGGGAGAAAUCCUACGAAUGUCCAGACUGUGGGAAAAGAUUCUCUCAGAGUGGAAAUUUACAGAAACAUCAAAGGAUUCACACAGCGGAGAAAACCUUUAAAUGCCAAGAGUGUGGAAAGAAUUUUGCAUGUAGUGGAAAACUACUUUCACAUCAAAGAACUCACACUGGGGAGAAACCCUUUACAUGCUGGGAGUGUGGAAAGAUGUUCACUUGCAGUCAAAGUCUACGUAUCCAUCACAGAACCCACACUGGGGAGAAACCCUAUGCAUGCCUGGAAUGUGGAAAGAGUUUUACUCACAGUGGAGCACUACGUUCACAUCAGAGAACUCACACUGGGGAGAAACCCUAUAAAUGUCUGGAGUGUGGAAAGAGUUUUGCUCACAGUGGAGCACUACGUUCACAUCAGAAAGCUCACACUGGGGAGAUACCCUAUGCAUGCCUGGAGUGUGGAAAGGGUUUUACUCACAGUGGAGCACUACGUUCACAUCAGAAAACUCACAUUGGGGAGAUACCCUAUGCAUGCCUGGAAUGUGGAAAGAGUUUCACUCACAGUGGAGCACUACAUUCACAUCCAAGAACUCACACUGGGGAGAAACCCUAUGCAUGCCUGGAAUGUGGAAAGAGCUUUGCUCACAGUGGAAAACUACGUUCACAUCAAAGAACUCACACUGGGGAGAAACCCUAUGAAUGCCAGGAGUGUGGAAAGAGGUUCACUCAGAGUGAAAAUCUACAUAGGCAUUAUAGAAUCCACACUGAGGAAAAACCCUUUAAAUGCCUAGAGUGUGGAAAGAGUUUUACUCGGAGUGAAUAUCUACGUUCACAUCAGAGAAUCCACACUGGGGAGAAACCCUAUACAUGCCUGGAGUGUGGAAAGAGUUUUACUCAGAGUGGGACACUACUUUCACAUCAGAGAACCCACUCUGGAGAGAAUCCCUUUAAGUGCCUGAAUUGUGGAAAGAGCUUUGCUGUCCAUGAAAGUCUACGUAGUCAUCACAGAACCCACACUGGGGAGAAACCCUAUGAAUGUCCAGAGUGUGGAAAGUGUUUCUCACAGAAUAGAGAUCUGCAUUCACAUCAAAGAACUCACACUGGGAAGAAACUGGAAAUGUCUUGAAUGUGGGAAGAGCUUUCCUGAGAGUGGAGAAGCAUAUCAACAUAAUAGAACCCAUAUUGGGAAGAAAGUCUAUAUAGGCAGUCUCUAAGUUAUGAACAAGAUAGGAUUAUGUAGUGUUGAAGGCUUUCAUGGUCAGCAUCACAGGUUGUUGUGUGUUUUCCGGGAUGUUUGGCCAUGUUCCAGAAGUAUUCUCUCCUGAUGUUUUGCCCACAUCUAUGGCAGGCAUACUCAGAGGUUGUGAGGUUGUAUGGAUUUUUCCUUGUCCAAUUUUUCAUAAUGUUAGAAAUUUCCUUCCACGUCGGUUUAUACUUGAUCUCUACCAUCUGUUCUAUGUUCUUAUGUAUAGUCACUCCCAAAUAUUUUAUUUUCAUCUUUCCCAUACCUAUUUCUGUUAUAUUAUCUAUUUUUCUUUUCCCUUUUUUGUUUACCUCAAAAUAUGUCAAGACCUAGGCUACAGAGCACCAAUAACCAUACACAGAG